AUGGACUUGCGCACGAUUAUGAACACCGACGGCGGCGGGGCCUCCAAGGCUUCGCAUGCCAGUCAAUCGUCCAAUGCGCCGUCUGAUCCAUCUCGUCAGCAGCAGUCGCAACAACAGCCGCAGCCGCAGCAGUAUGCAGACUACUCGAGUCGGUCCUCCCAGCCCUUGCAACACGCUCAACACGCCCAGCACGCCUCGCCCGGUCGAUCAUCGUCAUUCGGUCCUGCCCAGUCGCCCUACCAGCAGCAGUUCGCUCCAGCACCGCCGCCUUUGAAUACAGCUGUACAAUCGCAUCCAAGCCAAAGCCCACAGCAAGUGUCGACCCCAUACGGUUCCGCUGCGCGUGAUCCAUACGGCUCGGCCUACAAUUCGCAUCCCCAAGCCUCAGCGGGCCCCGUGGCCUCCCCAUACACGCCACAACAACCCAUGAGUGCUGGACCUCAGCAUGCGGAGCAGCAGUCCUAUUUCGCGCAACAACGGUCAAAUUCGCUGCAGUCGGUGAUGACGAACCCGCUUGGCGCGGGUGAAACCUUCCGCCCUCGAGAUAGCCCCCCGUCCACCUCACAACCACCUCCCUCCCAUCAAUUUUCUCCAUCCGCGCAUCGUUCAGUUCCAGCAACUCCCCUGGGUCCACCUCCCGCCUUUUCCUCUCGUCAGUCGCCUUCCUCCGCGCGCCCACGGUCAUCUGGUCGCGACUCUCCGCGCAACAAUUUAUCUAGCCCCUACGCAGUGCACGAAGCUCAAGGACGGAGCACGAAGCAGACACAAUCCCCCUCGACUUCGCGACAGAUCUCACCUUCCUCUCGUCACUCUGAGUCGGCCCCUCACUUUCCCCCCACCGGUGUGAAACAGGAGCCCUCCGAGAUCGCGAGUCCGAAGGCCUCUCGGCAAAACAGCACCGCAACUACAUCUGAUAUCGCCGGCGCAGCUUCUCUCCGGUCAUCUGAAGAUCGAAAGUGGAACGAAAGCCCAACAGCAGCAUUCCCCUCGGGGCCAGGGUCAGAUUCACGCGGCUCGCCUGUUGCCACCACAUACCCACAGAUUACCAGCUCCCCCUCAGCCUCGAGAAGUGGUUCUCAUCCCUUGAAAAUGGAAGUAGACCAAGAACCCGCGGAUCGCACCGAAAUUCAACAACCCAAGCCCAAGCGGAGACGGUAUAAUGAACCUCCGAUCUAUGCUCAACGCUCAGCCCGUACCAAGGGCAGGUGUCCCGCGAUUCCGAACCCGCAGCCACCAAUUCCAAGACACGCGCGAGGGCCAGGCCAGGAUCCGUGGGCUUCUCGCAGGCAGUCCUUGGCAUCAACUGCUGGGUCUGCAACGACGACAACGCGCACUGCUCGGCCACCUGGGCCCGCGGUACCCCCGCCCAGCUCAAAUGGCCCUCCGCCGCCGCCUCCUGUUGUUGCUCCUGCUGCUCGUCGCGUGAAGCAAGAAGGCUCGCUUGGUCCAUGGGAGCCUUCAAUUACAGGAUUCAUCCCGUUCGAAGAAACCACUAAACAACUUUGUGACUUCCUCUUCCAGCAUGUGGUGGUGAGGACUGACGUGGCAGUCGGCGUAGCGGGUUCGGCGGCUGCGGGACAAGGUGCGAUCAUUGAAGUGGAAGCAAAGCUCGGUCGUCUUGUGGACCAGGAUCGUAGAGAGAGGCUGGUCCUGCCCGUUCUCACUGAAAGUGUCAUCAAUCGUGAGUCCCGGCUGCGCACCUCAUUUGAAAGCAGCAUGAGCGUGGAGCAACAUCGGGCGAUGAACAACUUUUUGAAUGAGCAAGUCAAAGCUUCCAUGGCCAACGAGUCAUCUCGCAUUCCAAUCUCGUAUGCGCAUAAAAAGGAGCGCGAUACAUUCUACGAGGUCUCGCCCCAGGAACUCCCACCCGUCAUUCGGCAAAAUCUCAACCCUCGACACAAACCCAAAGUCCGUGUGACCACCGAUGCCAAGACCGGCGAAGUCCUCGCAAAGAUUGUCAAAUGUCGCGUCGCCGACAUCGAUGUGUACAGUCCCCGCACACAUGUCGAUUGGCGUGUCUCUGUCAAUCUCGAAAUGGAGUACGAUGGCGAUGUCACCAACCUACCCAUGGUAGACGCCUCCAAGGGCGGUCGCGGCGAGCGUAACAAAGAUCGCAUGAGCUACCGACACUUGGCCUACCAAAUUGACCUGACACAAGUGGCCACACUCGAGGCGCCGACAAAAAACGAUUUCGAGCACGAGCUCGAGGUUGAAGUCUCUGCUGCAGAAAUCCGACGCCAAGGUAAUCUUGCCAUGUCUGGGGAUCCGUCGAAUCAGUAUGAGGAGUUGGUAAAGGGCUUCGUGGAUAAUAUCCGUGUUCUGGCACGGGCCGUACCGCCUUAA